GAGCGAGGAUAAGCAUCCCAACACAUCCCACCGUUUGGACUUUUUCUCAUUCAGGUGUGCGCGGCGAAUCACGCGCAAGACACCGGGACAGAAGCCGUGGAUUUUCUUUCUGAAUGAGGACUGAGAGGGGAAUGAUCCGAUCGCAUUUGAUCUUUACUCUUUUUCGCUGAUGGGAUAGUUUAUGUUGAUAUUUGAGCAGAACAGGUGCUAUUCAUAAGGGCUUCUCCGGUAAUGCGGAUUGACUGUACGGGACCGUUAACGCACGCGUGGAUCACCUGAUUCAUCACCGACCACCGCAUUCCGCGCAUCCCCGACCGCACGCUGAUCUCUGGGGGAAAGUUCAUAAAGAUUGUCUGAUUGAUUGCUGUUAAAUCAACAUUUCCCCCCAAAACCAGCUGUGCUUUGAAUUUUAUUUUUUUUUCCACGACUAAAAUACUAAAGUAUUCACUGACCUAGUCCUCAAAGCAGUGAUCAAUACGGAUAUCCUAAUAUUAUACUUAAGUCAGAUCAUUUUUCUGACUGGUCGAACGGAUUUGUCACUAUGUGCGCGAAUUGGUAACCUCCGUAUGAGCGAGCUCACAGAGAACCGAGGGUCGUGUUUGGCUGCACUUUAUCUACAAAUGUAAGGCUCUGUGAAACCUUGGCUCUGACAACACCAUAUGGAGACAACUGUUUGAAUUAAAGCAGUGGGAACACGCGUUAACUGCUGUCAUGGAUUUAAGGGAUUUUUUCUUGUUGGCAACAUUAGUUGCUUGUUUCUGGUUAGAUCCCACCAUAGCCCAAGAGCUAAUUUACCCUAUUCGAGAAGAGCUACAGGAGAAUGUUCUUAUUGGAAACAUACCAAAGGACUUGAACAUCUCCCAUAUGAACUCCGGGGUUACCAGUAAUCUGGUUUACCGACUUGUGUCGAAAGCAGGUGACACCCCGCUACUUAGAGUGAUGAGCAAUACAGGAGAAAUCUUUACCACCUCCAACCGUAUCGACAGGGAGAAACUCUGUCCCGGCCCCUCUUUUGAAGACAGCGAGUGCUCGUUUGAAAUUGAGGUGGUCAUUUUGCCCAAUGACUACUUCAGAUUAAUCAAAAUUAAAAUCAUUGUCAAAGACACCAACGACAAUGCCCCCAUGUUUCCCUCGCCUGUGAUCAACAUUUCAAUUCCGGAAAACACACUCAUCAACAGCCGCUUUGCCAUUCCCUCUGCCACCGAUCCAGAUACCGGACCCAACAGCGAUGAGAAUGACAAUCCACCAAUUUUCACCCAGCCUGUCAUUGAGCUGGCUCUCAUGGAGAACAACCAACGUGACAUGUUCCUGACAACCAUCAGCGCCACAGAUGAGGACAGCGGACGGAAUGCAGAGAUUGUCUACCAGCUUGGACCCAACGCAUCAUUCUUUGAUCUUGACCGCAAAACAGGAGUGCUAACCGCAUCCAGGGUGUUUGAUAGGGAGGAACAAGAGCGAUUCCUCUUUACGGUCACCGCUAGGGACAAUGGCACCAGAGCUCUGCAGAGUCAAGCUGCAGUCAUAGUGACCAUACUGGACGAGAACGACAAUACCCCUAAAUUUACACACAACCACUUUCAGUUCUUUGUGUCAGAGAACCUGCCUAAAUAUAGUACAGUUGGAGUAAUCACAGUCACAGAUGCAGAUGCUGGUGAGAACGCUGUGGUGAGACUCUCGAUCCUUAACGAUAAUGAGAACUUCAUCCUUGACCCAGAUUCUGGAGUCAUAAAGUCCAACGUUUCCUUUGACCGAGAGCAACAAAGCUCCUACACCUUUGACGUCAGAGCUGUGGACAACGGAAGCCCCCCAUGUUCAUCAGCUGCCAAGGUGACCAUCAAUGUCAUUGAUGUCAACGAUAACCCCCCCAUCGUCAUCUACCCGCCAUCAAACACCUCUUUCAAGCUAGUGCCACUGUCUGCGAUUCCAGGAUCGGUUGUGGCCGAGGUGUUUGCAGUGGAUGGCGAUACGGGUAUGAAUGCAGAACUCAAGUAUACUAUUGUGAGUGGUAACGGAAGAAGUCUUUUCAGAAUUGACCCUGUAACGGGAAACAUCACGUUAGAGGAGAAACCCACAGUUGCAGACACUGGCCUUCAUAGGCUAGUGGUCAACAUCAGUGACCUCGGCUAUCCAAAGUCCCUGCACACUCUUGUCCUUGUUUUCCUGUACGUAAAUGACACGGUUGGAAAUUCCUCAUACAUACAUGACCUCAUCCGUCGGACAAUGGAAACGCCACUGGAUAGGAACAUCGGCGAGAGCAGUGAGACUUAUCAGAAUGUUGACAACCUCAAAACCAUAAUUGCCAUCGUGACAGGCGCUAUGGUAGUGAUCGUGGUCAUCUUCAUAACAGUUCUGGUGCGCUGCCGACACGCCUCACAGUUCAAGGCGGCCCAGAGAAAGAAGCAGGGUGCCGAGUGGAUGUCCCCCAACCAGGAGAACAAGCAAAACAAGAAGAAGAAGCGCAAAAAGAGGAAGUCGCCAAAGAGCUCCCUCUUGAACUUUGUAACCAUCGAGGAGAACAAACCCGACGACUCUGCCCACGAACCCAUAAACGGAACCAUCAGUCUCCCAGCUGAGCUCGAGGAGCCCGGGAUUGGACGCUUUGAUUGGAAUGCCACCCCCACUACCACCUUCAAACCCAGCAGCCCAGACUUGGCCCGGCACUACAAGUCCGCUUCACCCCAGUCGGCCUUCCACCUCAAAGCUGACACUCCGGUGUCUGUGAAAAAGCAUCAUGUGAUACAGGAGCUGCCACUGGACAAUACCUUUGUUGGGGGCUGUGACACGCUUUCCAAACGUUCCUCCACCAGCUCCGAUCACUUCAGUGCCUCAGAAUGCAGUUCACAAGGAGGCUUCAAGUCAAAGGGGGCACCUUUGCACACCAGACAGGGAACGCUUACCCGUGCCCGCACCGAACUGAACCCCGACUAUCUGGACCUUCGCUCCCGAGCCGAGCUGAACCCAGAGUACUGGACUCCCUGCACUCCUCUAUCGCAGCGGCGUGUCACGUUUCACCUGCCGGACGGGUCUCAGGAAAGCUGCAGUGACAGUGGGCUAGGGGACCAUGAGCCUGUGGGCAGUGGGCCGCUCAUCUCACACCCUCUCCCUCUGGUGCAGGCGCAGGACGAGUUCUACGAGCAGGCCUCUCCGGACAAGAGGACCGAAGCGGACGGCAACUCAGACCCCAGCUCCGAUGGACCUCUAGGACCAAGAGGCUUAGUGGAGGCCACCGAGAUGUGCACCCAAGAGUGUCUGGUGUUGGGUCACUCCGACAACUGUUGGAUGCCGCCGAGCCUGAGCUCGUACCCCUCGCCCAAGUCCCCCGUUUCCUCUUUCAACAGCCAAAAGGAGUGGGAUAAAGAGAGACUGCUGAACGGCCACACCCUGACCCACAGCUGGAAGGGUGAACGAGGAAGCCAGGAGCAGUUUGGAGACAGGAAGACCUUUGGGAGCUCAGAGGGACAUUUUGGCAGCGGCGGCGGUCACAUGGCCGACAUCCCAUUGGCCAGCCUGAAAUCUUACCAGCCCGCCUCCGGCCCCGACAGUCCUAAAGAACAGCAGCUUUAAGAGUGUUUUUUUGUGUCUGGAUCAUCCCAGCAACUUUUGAUAGCUUUAGUCCAUUCCUCUUUUUUUCCCCUCUUUUUCUUAGAUUGAUGCUAAUGCGGUGUGAUAGUUACGUGUAUGGAGUAGACCUUAGACUUUAUCGCUUGUGCAGGACAGUAUACUAUGCGAAUCCGACUCGCCGACGGCCCGUCUGCGGAGAUCUUCUCGUGCAAAUCCAUAGCUGCCCUUAAACUCCCAUGGUUUGCUGCAAAUUCACAUUAAAAGGAAUCAUUGUAUACUUCGUCUUGAACAAAGACUGCAAACAAAUGUUCAAGAUGAACAAAACAGGGCUGUGCUCUAUGUAUCACGGUUAUAAAAAAAA